CUACAGUAUGCGGCAGGAAAAAAUGCGAAAGUGUUUUUCAACUUCAAACCUCAUUUUCGUCCAUUUGACAUUAACCAAUCUAUGUUUCAACGUUCCAUGAUCUAUAAUAGGCUAGUUUUCUGAAAAGUUAAUUAAAAAAUUUCCCAUUUUGGUCACUAACCUUUACAGAGCGGCGCCUGAAGAUGAAGACAACCAGAAUUUUCAAACCGCAGAAAAUCGCACAGGUCGCUAAAUUUCGCAUCUGAUAAAACAAAAUUAUUGAUUUUCUCUACAAUAUCAUCAAAUAUAUGUACUUAUUUCAUCUGGUAUGUGAAACUACAUGGCUCUGGAUCAGUGUGGUCUGGUUGUUCAUCGAAUUUGAGCUAAUUUUGUUACUGUUAUAGUCAUUUUGUUUAAUGACUAUUGGGCGCGCAGUUUAUUGAUAUCCGCUUAUUAGGCCUACAUUAUCACAUGUUAAACAUCAAAUAUGUUCAUUUUUAUUUUUCAGUGCUAGAAUAUAGACAUUGACUGAUACACUGUCAUGAAAAAAUACACAUAUAUAGUUAUGGACAUCCCUAGGCUCUACCCACGAUGUUCAGGUAUCCGCCUAUCGUGGACUAGAUGCUGACAAAGCAGUAUCACCCUUGGAGACACUGAGCAUAACCCCCAUACCAGAAUACCCUUUGGACUCCGAGCAUAUUGAUGACACGAUAAAUCGAUACCGGCGCACAGUAACACCGACCAUCCAACGCAACCCAGAACAACCAGGCCAGUUGCCAUCCGGUGAACUUUUGCUGACAUCGAGAAAGCAUCGAACUCAAUCGGAGGACACAGGUGUGCCCUCGGUCUGGUCUGGCUCGAUCAGUCAGUUGGAAGUGAACGUUUGAAUCGAUAGGUCUAAUAGUCAGUUGAAAGCCCUUCUGGCCCAGUAUAAGUGUUAGGAAGUGUGAAAUGUAAAAUCAUAAACAAGAACAUAAUAAAAGUGAUGGGAUUAGGGUAAAUUUGAAACAAGUAGUUUUUUAAAAACCCUAAUGUGAAGUCCCGUCCAUUUUUGGCGCAGUCGUACGGAACACUCUACGUGCAGUGCUAGUUUUUGGAAGACAAUCUAGUGACAAAACCCGAUCCGUGGUAAUUGGACAGUAGUGCGAAAACCGAAAAUUAGUGUCGAAUUGACGACAUCGGACGUGCCGGUAACCAAGGACUAAAAGUGUAACUGACUUGUGCAGGAUUCAGCAUUAAGUAGACGCUUAGCCCAACCCGUGGCGAAGCAAGAAACUAGUGACUAUCUCCAGCGAUCAUCAGGAACCAGGCUCUUGGAAACCAUCCCUCAACCCGUAGGUGAUUUGCGCCGCCCGACACGAAAACUGCAUCGGUGGGUUUCAACCCUUUAAGAGUGUCGAACCCUCGAAGAUGACACACAAACACCCGAUACUUUUUUGUCUUACAAUUAUGAUGUUUUUCAAUCCUAUUUACUCUGCUUACUUGGAAAUCCUUGAACUUAAUGAAAAUCCCGGUAUAGUUGCGUUCAAGACUAAUUCAGUCUUUAUAAAAGAAGGAUCUCACACACUAUUCCAUAGAUUUAAUUUAUUUUCCUUUACCGUCGUUCUCAAGCAGUAUGAAUCCAUUAUUUUGAACAUUGAAGAAAACCCAAAGAUAGCAGAACUAGUUAAAAUUCUUAAACAAAAGCAGAGUCAGGCUUAUUUUAUCCUUGAAAAUUUAACCGCUAGAAGUAGAAAAACAAAACGAUCUCUUAAUUUUCUUGGGUCUACCUUAAAAAUGAUUACAGGGAAUCUCGAUAAUGAAGAUUUGUUAAAAAUAGAAAACCAACUUGAAAUUCUUAAAAAUUCAAAUAACCUUUUAGUAACAGAGAAUAAUGAACAAAUUCAAAUUAAUAAAUUGUUUGAGGAAAGGAUUAACAAUAUUACUAAACAAGCUUAUAGACAGUCUAGGGAAAUAGAUAGCAUCAUUAAACAGACAAGACUGAGCUUAGACAGACCUGUCGAAUGGGAACAUCUCCUGCACCUACACAACAUCAUCUUCAACAUCGACACGAUCAACCAGCAGCUGUCUACAAUUUUCGAGGCCAUUCAGUUGUCCAAGUUGGGUUUAAUUUCAAAGGCUUUCUUACAACCAUCAGAGCUAGAAUUUGCAACGAAUCUGUUGGAGUCACAAGGCGUUGUGAUUAACAGCUAUGACCAAGUUUAUGAGUUUUUGGAACCCAUAGCAUUCCACAAUAACUCAGACAUAAUCCUACUCAUAAAAAUUCCUAAAUUCAGGCAAGGAGAAUUUGUGCAACUCCAAAUAGAAGCCAUUCCACGACAGUUUAAAAUCAUACCGAUAAAUGCAACAAAAGCCAUUGUUGGUAACAAUGAGUCUUUCCUAAUUUCCCAUCCAUGCAUGAACAUCGAGCAUAGCAUCAUCUGCGACGUCCAGAACUUGUAUAACACUUCAAAUGACGGAUGCUUACAUGAGUUACUAAGAGGAAAUACGGGUAACUGUACCUUCAUUAGAUCCCCAAUGAAACCUGACACAAAGGAAAUCGAGAAUCUCGGACUGUUAGUUAAAAACUCUGUUGAUCCGACUUCGAUGCAAAACAGUUGUGGAUAUGGUCCGAGGAAUUUAACAGGAACGUUUCUCAUAUCAUUUAGAGAUUGUUCCAUCACCCUCAACGGAAAAACCUUUACCAGCAAAACAUUCAGAGGAGAAUCCAGACCUGUCAUCUUACCCCUACAUUCAGUUAGCGUAGAUGAGUCACAGACAGAACCAGAAUCCAUUGACUAUAUGGAACAACUGCACAUUAGGAAUCGUCAUAAGCUGGAGCACUUAGAAACAGCAAGCAAAAGGACUAAAGUGCUCAACAUAGUAGGAAUAGUUCUCAUCACAUGCUUCGUAGCAGUAAUUUUCGCUUUUCUUACGAGAGAAGUUCGUAAACUCAAAAUGAAGCUGACAAUACGGAUCCCUGCAAACAAUGCGUUGGAAAGCUCUCAAACAAUAUUGAACCGAGACGGUUCAAACUAAGGCGGGGGAAGUUAUGGACAUCCCUAGGCUCUACCCACGAUGUUCAGGUAUCCGCCUAUCGUGGACUAGAUGCUGACAAAGCAGUAUCACCCUUGGAGACACUGAGCAUAACCCCCAUACCAGAAUACCCUUUGGACUCCGAGCAUAUUGAUGACACGAUAAAUCGAUACCGGCGCACAGUAACACCGACCAUCCAACGCAACCCAGAACAACCAGGCCAGUUGCCAUCCGGUGAACUUUUGCUGACAUCGAGAAAGCAUCGAACUCAAUCGGAGGACACAGGUGUGCCCUCGGUCUGGUCUGGCUCGAUCAGUCAGUUGGAAGUGAACGUUUGAAUCGAUAGGUCUAAUAGUCAGUUGAAAGCCCUUCUGGCCCAGUAUAAGUGUUAGGAAGUGUGAAAUGUAAAAUCAUAAACAAGAACAUAAUAAAAGUGAUGGGAUUAGGGUAAAUUUGAAACAAGUAGUUUUUUAAAAACCCUAAUGUGAAGUCCCGUCC